UAAAAUAAGGGCAGGUGUGCAACAAAUCCCAUAUCAGUGUAAAUUGCAUCCGAUAACUGACUCAUUUGGAAUCGAGGCCUGGGCAAAACGGGACUUGAUAUUUUGAAAAACGAGAACCAACUGCAACAUGAAACUUGAGUUGUUUUUGAUGUUCCUCUGCUUUCUGUUGGCGUCGUUUGUCGUGCUUGCUGACGAAACCGACAAUGGACACAAGGAUGAUGAUCAUGUACAACAGGCAGAGGAUGCUCGCUGGGGUCGACGAAAGGGCAGACGUAAACCUGGCCACAAGCAAGAUUGGCCUUGGCAGAAAAAGACUGCUCUUGAAGAUCAACAAUUUUUUGAUUGGCCCUGGAGUAAGAGGAAAGCAACAGAUAUUAAGGAAGAUGAGAAACUUUGGCCAUGGCAGUCCGAUGUCACUAAAGAAGAUGAGAAACUUUGGCCAUGGAAGUCCUCCGAUGUCACUAAAGAAGAUGAGAAACUUUGGCCAUGGCUGUCCUCCGAUGUUACUAAGGAAGAAGGAAAAACCUUGGAAGACGAAGCCCUGCAGCUGGUAUCUUAAAGGCUGCUUUAGCCAUGGACAGGUUAACUCGAAAUGCAUCUCCCGACAGGCUACAAGAUAAUUACACAGGUCGUGAUACAAAACCGUUUAAUAAAGUUCGCUGUAGUCACAAAACUAGCAUCUGUUUGUCAAUGAGAAUUGUAAAAAUAGACAUCAAUCAUUUAAGUGUUACAAAUAGUUGGUUAACAUAAUAGAAAAAGCCUGUUUGUGAAACUGUUCCAUGCGAUUGCUUCAUAGCCAUGUAUCUGUUCAUGAGAUGAAAAACUAAUAAACACUAUUGAACCAAUGCA